AUGUCGGCCGUCCACGGGGACCUCAACCACUUGCAGAUGUUCCACGAAGGAAGCCUCCAGAUGAGCAACAUGGUCAACCCGGAUUUCCGUGGCGCAGACAUGACAAAUUAUUUGGGCGCGGCCGCCUCGGUGCCGCGAGUGGACAAAUGCGUGACCAUACUGACCCACCGGCGGAAGAGGACCAACUUCACCCAGCAGCAGAUCGAGGUACUUGAGAAGGUGUACUCGGGCACCAAGUACCCGGAUAUCUACCUGAGAGAGCGGCUGGAGGCGCUCACUGGCCUGCCCGAGUCCAGAAUACAGGUGUGGUUCCAGAACAGGAGAGCAAAAUCCCGUCGGCAAGUGGGCUCCUGCGCAUCGACCAAGGCCUCCAACCCACUGCCGUCCUUCAGCCGGCUCCCAAUCAGGAUGAACCAAGACAAAAUUUAUGAUAACAGCCCCAGCACGGAGGUUCACAGGACGUCUGCUUUCGGACUAGAGGACACCUACAGGAGCCCGGUUGAAGACUCCCACGCGACCAAAGCAGUCGGCGGCCGUUUGCGGCGGUCCUGCCUCUACGAGAAAGACGCGAGCCGAGCGAAGCCCAAGCAGAUGCGGCACCGCGAGCCGAGCGUGGACGUCACGUCCAAUGACGUCCUGCUCUACCCCUCCGAGGACAGCGCCGGCAGCAUGAGCGGCGAUCCCAAUGUUCUGGUGGAGUACGAAAACUUCCCGCCCAACAAGACCAUCGGGCCGGAGAUGAAGGUGGUGAUCCCGCCCAUCCCCGCGCAGAACAACUUCAGCAGGUCGUCGCCCAAAGACGCCGGCGGCCCGUUGCAGUACCCGCUCGCGAGGGCAGCCGGGGACGCUUUCGACGGCUUCUCCCCGAUCCACGGCGCAGACGGGCCGGACUUUUCCGAUUCAGACUCGGACUGGGAGAGCGAGGCCAUGGUUGGAUUUGGUGGUUUUAUAUAAGAGAUGGCGAUGAUCUUCCCCAAAUUUUCCGUCGAUAUGUAUGGCCACAACCUCCUCCUAACACUGUACAUAAACCCCCAAAAUAUGAAUUUAUGAUCAAAAAGUCACAAAAUUGCAUCCGUUUAA